UAAAAAUAAAAAAAGCUUGAACAUUUUUUCUCUCCUUUGUGUGGGAGUGGUUUUUUUCUCCUCUGCGUGGGAGUGGCAAAUUGUGAGCGUCGACGAUGGCAGAGUCAAGUGUUAGAGAGCUAGUGCUAGCGCUAGGUGAGCGGUUGGCUUUAACAGCGAAUGAAGACGUGCGGUUGAGUUUGGACGAUAGGGAUGAUGCGCAGCAGCGUGGAAGAGGGGAUCAAUGGUGUUUGGUGGGUACAGUUCUCACUCAAAAACGGUACCAUAUGGAAUCAAUGGAAAGAACUGUGGUUGAUGUGUGGCAAUCGAUCCAUAAUCUCUCCCUAGAUCGUUUGAUGGUGGAGUCCGGCAAAAACAUAGGAAGCGCAAUGGGUAGACUUAUCGAGGUGGAUGUCGGUGAGGGGAAUAUUUGGGGGUCAGAGUGCAUACGAGUUAGAGUGGGUAUUGAUGCUCGUAGGCCUUUGAGACGAGGCAUGAAGUUGACACUCAAAGGAAAGCCGUUAUGGGUGUCAUUCUGGUAUGAGCGGCUUCCAAACUUUUGCUAUUGUUGUGGCAUGCUAGAUCAUGUUGAGUGGGAUUGUGAAGUGGGACUAGAGUUAGAAAGCAUGGGGAUGGUUGAGCGGUCUUACAAUGAUGAGCUGAGGGCAUCCCAUGGAGGAUACGACAAGGGAGGAGGUGCAAAUAGUGGAGGUUGGCUUAGGGAUGCUUCCGGUAACCCAGUGGCGGAGGUGAGGCGACAGAGAAGACAAGGUUCAAACUUGGAAAGUCCGAGAAUUAGGAAGUCAAGGGAUUUGAGGGGAAGUUUUUCCCCUAAUUGGCAGCAUGAAGGCCUGAAUAUGGAAAAAGAAUCGAAUGCUCAUGGUCAAAGGCGAGAUCUCUCGGAGGGCACAAUUGAUUCCUUAGUGCGAAGUUCUGGCCAGAAAUUUGGAGAUGAUGGUGGAGGAGUGGAUGAUGGAAAAAGGAUGAUUGAGGUUAAUGCGGAAACUAAUAGGCGGGAGUUGUGUGGUUUGAAGGGGGUUGAGAUCGUAAGGCUCAUUACUAGAAAAGAUCAGAGUUGUGUUGAUACUGUGGAGGAAGUUGGGCCUAGAAAUGCUCUUGCGAUGGUUCAAGGUCCAAAAAACACCCUCAUUGUGGACAAUAUAGGUGGCCAAGGUCCAGAGACAGAUACAGCUUUUGUUUCCUCAUCAGGCCCAAGUAACACUCCUUUUAAGAGAAGAGCUUGGAAGAAAGAGGCUUGCGAAAGAAAGAGCUCAAGUUCACAAUUGAAGCAUAUUGUUAGCAGGGUGAAACGAAAAGAUGAGCAAGAGGUGGUGGAGCUUGCAACAAAAUCAUCUUUACCAUGGGUAAUUGGGGGUGAUUUUAAUGAUAUUCUGGACCAGGAAGAAAAAAGGGGAGGAGAACCACAACUAAAGUGGUUGCUAAAUGGUUUUCGAGAGGCAGUGGUAGAUUGUGAGCUUACAGAGGUACGGAUGAUAGGGUUCCCUUAUAUAUGGAGUAGAGGGGGAGUGGAGGAGAAGUUGGAUAGAAUUUUGGCAUCUAGAGAGUGGCAAGCCUCUUUUCCACAAGCAAUGAUUAUUUUGAUUCCUAAAGUGGGGGAGCCAAAAGUGAUGGGGGAGCCAAAAGUGAUGGGUGAUCCACAUCCAUUUAACCUGUGUAAUGUGAUAUAUUGGAUUAUUGCUAAGGUUCUUGCAAAUAGAUUGAAACAAGUGUUGUUGAGGGUGAUUUCGGUUGAGCAAAGUGCUUUCUUGCUUGUUCGACAGAUUACAGACAAUGUACUUGUAGCCUUUGAAGCGCUCCAUUAUAUGUAUUUUAGGCGGGAGCAACAACGAGGGUGGCAAGCCAUCAAGCUUGACAUGAGUAAGGCAUAUGAUAGGGUGGAGUGGAGAUAUCUAGAAGCUGUAAUGGUGGCGAUGGGUUUUGAUGAGAGGUGUACUGGUUUGAUUAUGCAAUGUGUUAGUACAGUGGAGUAUGAAAUCCUACUAAAUGGGAAGGAGGUAGGUCAGAUCGUUCCUACUCGUGGUUUGCGCCAAGGGGAUCCAUUGUACCCAUACCUGUUUAUUUUAUGUGCAGAGGGUCUCACGAGCAUGAUCAAGGAUGCCGAGAAUCAAAGGUUGCUUCACGGGAUCAGGGAUCCUCAGCAACCAUCCUCCUCUAUAGGCGAGUUUCGAGGACAAACUUUGUGGAGGUUGGAGCUACCGAAGAGGAUUAAAGUAUUCCUUUGGAGUGCUUAUAGGGAGAUACUCCCAACAAAGGAAAACUUACGUAAGAGACGAGUGGACAUUGAUAACUACUGUCCAGUUUGUGGAGAGAUGACUGAAACAGGGGCACAUGUUCUAAAGGAUUGCCAGUUUGCACGAGCUAGUAAGCUUGAGUUGUUUGGGGUAGUUUGCUGGUCACUGUGGAACAAUCACAAUGAUAUAUUAUGGGAGAGUAAGAGGCAACAACCACAGCAAGUUUGUGGGAUGGCGGUUCGAUUUUUGCAGGAGUACGUUGAAGCUAUAAAACACAAAUGUGGGACGCGAGGAGGACCAAGGAGAGGGGAGAUAAAGUGGGAACCACCAGAUGAAUCACAUUUUAAGGUGAAUGUGGAUGGGGCUGUGUUCCAGCACUCCAAGGAAUUUGGUGUUGGAGCGGUGGUGCGUGAUUGUAAUGGGGAGUUGGCAUACGAAAUGGGAUUAAGGAAGAUUAUUGUUGAGUGUGACUGUGCGGUUGUCGUACAGUGGCUCGGGUCUCAACAUGCAGUGUUGUUAUCAGAGUUAGGGGGAGUGUUGGAGGAUUGUAAAGGCUUGAUGGAUAGAUUUAACAAAUGCCGAGUGCAAUAUGUUUGAAGGGUAGGGAAUCAAGUGGCUCAUGAAUUGGCACGCAGAGCUGAAUAUAUUACAGGAGAUGAGUUUUAGGUUAAAGAGGUUCCUGAUCCAAUCAAGGCUUUUGUACUAAAUGACAUGGCUUAGUCUGUAUUGAUUACACCUUCCUCAUUUUUGAGACAUGAAAUAAUACUCAGAAGUAUUG